UCGUCUACACUGGAGUAGAAAGAACGUCGCAGCAAUGGCAAGAACCAAGCAGACCGCUCGUAAAUCCACCGGUGGCAAAGCCCCGAGGAAGCAGCUCGCUACCAAAGCCGCCCGGAAGAGCGCCCCAGCUACCGGAGGCGUCAAGAAGCCCCAUCGUUACAGGCCCGGGACCGUGGCUCUCCGAGAGAUCCGCCGUUAUCAGAAGUCCACCGAGCUGCUGAUCCGCAAACUGCCUUUCCAGCGCCUGGUCCGUGAAAUCGCCCAAGAUUUCAAGACGGAUCUGCGCUUCCAGAGCUCCGCUGUCAUGGCUCUGCAGGAGGCCAGCGAGGCUUAUUUGGUCGGCCUGUUUGAGGACACCAACCUAAGCGUCUUAAACAUGUCUGGAAGAGGCAAAGGCGGUAAAGGACUCGGAAAAGGAGGCGCUAAGCGUCACCGUAAAGUUCUGCGCGAUAACAUCCAGGGAAUCACCAAACCCGCCAUUCGUCGUCUCGCUCGCCGCGGCGGCGUCAAGCGCAUCUCCGGUCUGAUCUACGAGGAGACCCGCGGUGUGUUGAAGGUGUUUCUGGAGAACGUCAUCCGGGAUGCCGUCACCUACACCGAGCACGCCAAGAGAAAGACCGUCACCGCCAUGGACGUUGUGUACGCGCUGAAACGACAGGGCCGCACUUUGUACGGCUUCGGAGGUUAAACUCCUUAAAUCAGAAAAUAAUAAACCACAAACCCAACGGCUCUUUUAAGAGCCACCCACACUGUCACCGGAAGAGUCAAUGAUGGACUAAUGUUGUUUUUACGCUUUACGUGAAAACUAAGUAAAACGCUUGCUAAUAUAUACACCUAAAAGUAAUGGAAGUAGUUCAAUUCUCAUACUACAGAGCACUGAAAAAAUAAGUACUUUG